CACAGUUUUCGCAGGAUCAGGCGUGAGCCCCACAGUCAGAGAGGGGUGUUGUGGCUAAUGCAGAGGUCGCUAAACCAACAAGAGAACGAAGAAACCAGAGAGGAGCAUUGGAGCACCAUAGAUGAUCCUGUAAUAUGAAGACACGACGCGGGAGGCUCUGGUAGAGGUGGGCGUGGCAGAGGUGCUGACGGCCCAGCUAAAACUGGCUACUGACGCAGAGAGAAGACACAUCAUACUGGAGGUUCUGGGAUCACUGGGAGAGAGUGACGUUCUGAAGCUGCAGUUUGUGGAGUCGGGGGUUCCUGAGGCUCUGUCCGAGAUGAUUCGGGGGCUACAGGGUGGCUCUGACCCCCAUGACCUCUGCAGCAUCAAGAUUGCCUCUAACCUCAUCGUUUCCCUCCUGCUGGGAGAUGAGUCCAUGCAGAAGUGUUUUGGCGAGGGCACGGGUGUGGUGUACCGGGAUGUACUCUCUUGGCUGCAGUCCUCCAACACUCAGCUGCAACUGUCUGGAGCCCUGGCCAUCGCCAACUUUGCCAGGAACGACAGUAACUGUGUGAAGAUGUUGGAGUUAGGGGUGGUUCCUCAUAUCCUGACCCUACUGGAGCAGCAUGUGGACGAAGGCGACGUGUCCGUCCAACAUGCCGGACUGAGUGCGCUCAGAAACCUGGCGAUCCCAGCCAGUAAUAAGGUGAGGAUGCUGGAGGACGGGGUGACAGAGAGAAUCAGGACCUUGCUGCGCUCUGACAUGCCCCCAGUGCAGUUCAAACUGCUGGGCACCCUGCACAUGAUGGUGGAUGGACAAGAGGAGGCAGCUGCAGUGCUGGGUAAAGAUGAGGUUUUGUUGGCGAGGAUCAUGGAGUGGUGUGAGGCACGGGACCAUGCAGGGGUCAGGGGAGAGGCCAACCGCCUCCUGGCCGCCCUUAUUAGACACAGCCGUGCCCCGGAAGUCAUCAAUGCUGUAACCAAAGCAGAUGGGGUGCGACACCUCAUCUCCAUGGCAACCAGUGAACACUUGAUCAUGCAGAAUGAAGCCCUGGUGGCCCUGGCGAUUGCAUCUGCCAUUGACAUCGCCUCCAUGCAGGAAUCGUUCCGAGAGGGCUCCGAGAGAGCUCUUGCCCACACUGCAGAAGAUGCUGGAUGACCCAGUGGCGACUGUGGAGUUCAAGUUCAGUGCCCUAGGGCUUAUCUGUAGCCUGGCCAACUCCAGCUCGAUGAAGGAAGAAAUGGAAUCUCUUAACCUGAAGGAGACGCUCAACAAGCUCUCUGGUCACUCCAGCACCAACGUAGCCACACAGGCCGACACAGUGCUGGCCAUGCUUUCUGAAACCAGCUAGACUGGCCUGACCGGACCACUGCCCUGGUCAAUGUGACCACAGACUCUCAGCACCACGUGCCACCACAACCUCCCCUACUAUCGUGACUACACCAUUCUCUCCAUGAAAAGAAGCAGAUAUUGAGUCUUCCAAAGCUAGGCCUCCAUUCACCUGGUCUAUGGAGAGCACAGCUGGACAGAGCUACAUUAAGACUGACCAACCCAAUAUGACAGAGCGCUAACAAGGUGAUAGCCUAUGUUCUAAGCACAAGCUGAAUGAGCCAACCCAUGAAAACGCACACGAAUCACAACAACCCCAGUUCAGUCCUCAUGACCAUCUGUAAAAAUAGUGUUUCUGUGUGAAAUAGCUCUUCUAAUCAGUACUCCAAUCAAUUCAAUGUAUGUAUGAUUUCCGAUAGCAACCAGUGUAUAUUAUCAAAGGAAACGUUUGCGUAUAGGGUUAAUCAUGGCUACUGUUUCAUAGCACCUAAUGCGCUUACCCUCAAUGGAAAACACAAAACUAACGCCUGACACUGUUUAUCCAUGUGAUGUUCUAUCUAUACUCUGUAUUGACCAAUGUCCAUGGAUGUAAAUGUUCCUAGAAUAGGACCUGUCUCUUCUCUGUGGAUCUUGCAUAGUGAGAUCCCCUCUGUACUAUCUACAGUUUACAGCUCAAGAAAAGCAUUCAAAGCCAAUAUCUCUGAUAUUUUACCAAAGUACAUUUUAAUUAGUGCUAGUUAUCUGAGAGCACAGGUGGGUGGGCACUGGGGAUAAUCAUUACAGAGCUGUGAGAGUGUCAGGCACCUCCCCCACUGGUUGCCAGCUCCAAAAUUCAGACUGAAAGGGAUCAAUAUGUUAUGUUGAUGCUGGGCCAGCAAAGGGCUUGUGAUGAAGGGAGCUUUAAUGUUGCACUCAGAGCCCUGCUGAUUCAACUCCUUUUAACACCAAUUUGUUAAGGGGUCUUGAGCCCAACAGAGACUGACUGGCUAUUUCAAAGGGAUUAAUAGAGCUAAUAGCAACUGAAAAACAGCUCUCCAUCUGUCUUUCCUUUUAGUACCUAAUAGGCUACUCAAUGGGAGCUGAGUUGGUAAAUUAGCUUUUAAUGUUGAAUGAAAUUAUGAACGAGAUUGGUGGGUUUUCUCACUAUCUAAUCGUGGCAUGUGGUUGUUCAAUGACAGACAUGUAUUUGUUUAAAAUCUAUAACUUUUUCAUUUCAGAGAGACACAUAAUCAUGUUUUUUUGCAAAAUGCUAACAAAUAUGUAACAAAUAACUACAUUUUUAAUAAAGAAAUGUACAAAUUA